AUGACAACAGCAAUAAAUAAUAAUAUUGUAAAUAAAGAGUUUGACUUAAAAGAUAAAACUUUUUUAGCAUCUGGUAAAACCAAAACCAUUUAUCAAUUAAAUAAAGAAGAUCAAUAUGUUUUAAUUGAAUCAAAUUCAGCAAUUACAGCUGGUGACGGUGCAAAAAAGGAUAUUUUACCAAAUAAAGACAUUUAUUCAACAACUACAACCGUUAACAAUUUCAAAGUAUUACAAUUAUCUGGUAUUAAUACCCAUUUUGUUAAACAAGUUGAACCAAAUGCAUUCAUUGCAAAGAAAUGUUCAAUGAUUCCAUUGGAAGUAAUUGUUAGAAGAUUAGCAACUGGUAGUUAUUUAAAAAGAAAUACACAUGUUACAGAGGGUACUAAAUUCAAUCCACCAUUAAUCGAAUUUACAUUCAAAGAUGAUGUUCAACAUGAUCCAUUAGUUACUGAACAAGAUAUUUUAGAGAUGAAUUUAAAGAUUGGUGGCGUUCCAAUCACUUCAAAAUUAUUAUCUCAAACUAGACAUAUUGCAACUUUAUCAUUUGAAGCUUUAGAAAGAGCUUGGCAAUCACUUGAUGUAACUUUAGUUGAUUUUAAAGUUGAAUUUGGUAUUACAUCACAAGGUGAAUUAAUUUUAGCAGAUGUUAUUGAUAAUGAUUCAUGGAGAAUUUGGCCAAAAGGUGAUAAAACAUUAAUGAAAGAUAAACAAGUUUAUCGUAAUCUUCCAUCUGCACUCAAUACACCAGGUGCAACACCAACAACACAAUCUGGUCCAUUACUUAAUACUUUAUCAGAUCAACAAUUAAAAAUGAUUGAAGAUAAUUAUGCUUGGGUUGCAACUUCCACUGAAAAAUUAGUUGAAUUCACUGCUGCAAAUUUAAAUAAUAAUAAUAAUAAUAAUAAUAAUAAUAGUAAUAAUAAUAAUAAUAAUACAAGUUCUACAUCAAGAUCAAAUAGUUUACCAAAUGUACCAUCAAUAACUACAACACCAACUCUUCACCAUCAUCAUCAUCAUCAUCAACAACAACAAAGUGGUGUUGGUAAUAAUAAUAAUGUUAAUUCAGGAUUUCAAGUUCAAUUAAAUCAACCAUUAGUUGGAAUUAUUAUGGGUAGUCAAUCAGAUUGGGAAACUAUGAAAUUAGCAGCAAAUACAUUAACAACAUUAGGUGUACCAUUUGAAACUAGAAUUGUAUCAGCACAUAGAACACCUGAUAGAUUAUUUGAAUAUGCAAAAACAGCAAAGAGUAGAGGAUUAAAAAUUGUGAUUGCAGGUGCUGGUGGUGCUGCUCAUUUACCUGGCAUGGUUGCUGCAUUAACUCCAUUGCCUGUAUUUGGUGUACCAGUGCAAUCCAAAGCAUUGAGUGGUGUUGAUAGUUUAUUAUCAAUCGUUCAAAUGCCUGCUGGUAUUCCUGUUGGUACUGUUGCAAUUGGUGCUGCUGGUGCUACAAAUGCUGCUUUAUUAUCUGCUGCUGUUUUGGCUCCUUAUUACCCUUCAAUCGAGUUAAGUUUAGAUUUAUAUAGAAAGAAACAAACUGAUGCAGUUGCUGAAAUACCUGUUGAUAAUCCAACAUCAACAUCAACUACUACUACUACUACAACUACAUCAAAUGCAACAUCAAUUUUAUCAGCAAUUCAUACUUCAACAAUUAAUAGUAAUACAUCAUCACAUAAUAAUAAUCAACAACAGCAACAACAACAACAAACAAUAUUACCAACACAACCAACUAUAAUUAAUACACCAACACCAGUUAGAUCAUCAGUAUCAAGAUCACAAUCACCAUUACCAUCAGGUAAUGGAAGUAGUAUUAUAUCACAAGAAAAGACACCAUUAUCAACAUUUGUACUUUCAACAUGUAGACCAUCAGCAUUGGUAUUGCCACCAGGUUCAACCAUUGGUAUUUUGGGUGGCGGUCAAUUAGCAAGAAUGAUGGCUAUUGCAGCAGCACAAUUAGGUUAUAAGACUCAUAUUUUCUGUCCAGAGAAUGAUCCAUCCGCUUCACAUGUUGCAACCUAUACCACUAAAUCAAACUAUAACAACUAUUCAGCAUUGGACAUUUUCGCAAGACAAGUCGAUGUUGUAACCUAUGAAUUUGAAAAUAUUAUGGUUGAACCAGUUGAAUAUCUAACCAAACAAGUUGCAGUAUUCCCAGAUCCAAAGAUUUUAAGAACUUGUCAAGAUCGUGUUUUAGAGAAAACAUUCAUUCAAUCAUUGGAUAUACCAACAGCACAAUUCCAAUCUGUCGAAUCAUUUAACGAUUUAAAGAGUGCAAUUGAAAAGAUUGGUUAUCCAGCAAUUCUUAAAUCAAAUACUAUGGGUUAUGAUGGUAAAGGUCAAGUUAAAUUAACCGAUCAAGUCGAUCUUGAACAAGCUUGGAAAAAGGUUACCUCUGAAACUUGUGCAACCAAAGCAAUACUUGAACAAUAUAUAGAGUUUGAAUCAGAAGCAUCAGUUAUUGUAGCACGUGCUUUAGAUGGAACAGAGUUAACCUUCCCAUUGGUUACCAAUAAACAUCGUAAUCAUAUUUUACGUCAAACCAUUGCACCAGCUCAAUUGCCAGAAUAUAUUCAUAAACAAGCCAAUGAAAUUGGUUUAAAGAUUGCUCGUUCCAAUGGUUUGGUUGGUAUUAUUGCCGUCGAAUUAUUUGUAGUGAAAAACAAUGAAACAGGUCAAUACUCUUUAAUGGUAAAUGAAUUGGCACCAAGACCACACAAUAGUGGUCAUUGGACCAUCGAAGGUUGUGUAACCUCUCAAUUUGAACAAUUGAUUCGUUGUGUUUGUGGUUUGCCUUUGGGUUCAGUCGAUUUCACUAAACGUAUAAGUGAAGCUGAAUUUAUUCAACAACAAAUUCCACCAAUUGUAAUGACAAAUCUUUUAGGUCAAGAAGUUAACGGUUGGGAAAAAAUACUUCAAACUAAAGGUUCACAUCUUCAUAUCUAUGCUAAAGGUGAUGCAAAAGAAGGUCGUAAAAUGGGUCAUGUUACUCAACAAUAA